AUCCAACAGCGCUGAUGAGACAGAAGUUUCAGCUCUGCGCUUCACACACACAGCCAGAACAGAAGACACCUUAUAUAUCCAUACAGAUAAGAUGCUGCUCCUAACCAGCCUGCUGAUUGGUCUGUUGUGCCUGAAUCAUGUGGGUGGUGUGUGGGGUUUUGCCCGUCUGCUCGAUGAUGUAGAGUUGCGUUCAGCUUUCUCAGUUGCUCGCACCUCCAGCAUGGAAGGGGGGCCAAAGAUGACUGUGACCUUUGACACUGUUUAUGUCAACAUCGGUGGGGACUUUGACGCCAAGUCUGGCUUGUUUCGCUGUCGUAUUCCCGGGGCCUACUACUUCUCCUUCACAGUGGGAAAGUUUCCACAUAAGGACCUGUCUGUGAUGCUGAUGAAAAACAGGAACGAGGUGCAGGCCAUCGUGUAUGAAGAAAACGCAGGAGAGGAGCGGAAGGUGCAGAGCCAGAGCGUCAUGCUGCAGCUAGAGUUCGGUGACACCGUCUGGCUCCGUCUCCAUGGUGACCCUCGUUAUGCGCUAUACAGCAACACCGGACACUACACCACCUUCAAUGGUUACCUCGUCUACCCCGAUGUCUAUGGCUACCAGACACACCACCAUCACCACCAGCAGCAUCCCGACUCCCAGCAGCCCCUGCAGGACAACAUCCCACUGCUGAACAACAACCAGGCCACAGAUCAUAUCAGAUCUGAAACGAGGGACGAGGAGAAGGAGCUGCAAAUUAAAGAGGAAGAGGAGGAGGACGAGGAUGAAGAGGACGACCAGAGAUCUGCCUUCUCAGUUGGGCGCACCCAAAGCAUUGUGGGUGUAAACCAACUGGGGAUGCCGCAGCACCAACCAGUGAGCUUCGACACGGCGUUUGUCAACAUCGGAGAAGACUUUAACGUGACGGAGGGAGUGUUCACCUGCCGCAUUCCUGGGGCGUACUUCUUCUCCUUCAACGUGGGCAAGAUGCCCCAGAAGACGUUGUCCGUCAAGCUGAUGAAGAACCGCCUGGAGGUGCAGGCGAUGAUUUAUGAUGACAGCCAGGGCGAGAAAGCUCUGCAGAGCCAGAGUUUGAUGCUGUCACUGAAACCGGGAGACACAGUCUGGCUCUACUCCCACCAGAGAGAUGGAUUUGGUGCCUACAGCAACCAUGCCAAGUACAUCACAUUUACCGGCUUUCUGAUAUACCCCGAUUUCCCUGCUACCACUGCCACCACCAAUACUGCCACCAGCCAAUCAUAUGCAGACAAGAAACCCUAGCUGCAGCACUUUGGCUAGGGACUGAACAUUGUUGGAGGAAUUCAUGCAAGAUGGAAAUGUCUUCAGAUUUCACAGAAGGCACUGGGGAGUUACACUCCAAAUGAAUGCUGCUUUGGCUGUCUUUCUGCUUCAUAUGAAUUCCUUCACAAAGUCACAGGGACCUUGGACUGAGUGCACUGCUUAACAAAAUCAAUUUUCAGCCACUGGCUUCCCAGGAUAUGACUUUGCCAGAUGUGAAUAUUUCACUCUUUAAUGAAAAUUCAGUGAUUACUCACUCACCUCUGUGUUAGCUCAUCAGUUAGCUUUCAUGCAUUUUAUACAGCUCAAAAACAAAAUUAUUCUGUGUUCACUGUUAGUGAACCCACUCAGUCUAUCAGCAUAUUAAAGGUGUCCAUGGUACAGAAACUCUGUUAUAUUAUUUAUAAUAAUUACUGGAUAUAAUGGUAAUGCUUUACUUUCUGUCUCUCUCAGCAUAUAAAACAUUUAUAAAACACAAAAAUGUUUUUAAAAAAGGAGCAACAAGAGGGUGGAGUGCUAUGUUAUCAGCUGACACUAUCAAGUUAGGAAAGAAAGCUAGGUUAGCAAGCUGCAUCCACACAGGUGCAGACAUGGAUACACUAUAAUUAAUGCCAAGUACUAUAUACAUAACAUACUAGAAUGUCACUCACCAAAACUGAAUCAAAGGGAGUUAGUGCAAUAAAAAAAAGAUAGCUGCACUGAAAACGGCCCAAAAGACACCAACGCCUCAAAUUAGCCAAGGCCUAGCUAGAGACAUAUUUGAAAUUGAGCAAGACAGUUUCUCUACACAAAGAGGAAAAUUAGUUGUAGAGACAAAAAAAAAUAAAUUGUACCAGUACCUGUUUAUUUCUGCUGCACUGGGAUUUUAUAGUCAGCCUCAAGUGGCCAUUCAAGAAACUGCAGUUGUUGGCAUUUCCAUGUUGGCUUCAUGCUUUAUAACUCAGGAGGUGGCUGCUUAAAGAGUUCAAGUUGUUGACAAAUAAGCACAUUUAUCACUUUCCAACUACAUCACAGCACCAAGUGUUUAAAUGAGGUGACUAGACUAGAAAUGACUAGAAAUGUUCAGAAUUUGCCCACUGUACCACAUUUUAGGGAAUUAUAUAGUCUUUAUAUUAUACAGUAUUUUGAAUAUGAGUUCUCUAAAAACUUGUAAGCAUGUGUUGAUAAAUAUAGUGCAGUAAAAAAGUAUAUUUGUGUAAUGUGCUGCAGAAUUAGAAAGAAAGAGUCAUAUUGCGUACUUAAGCAAGUACUCAAACUGCUAAGUACAGUGUCUGAGUAAAUGUACACUGAGCAAAAUGAAAAUUCAAAAUCUUUAUGCAUGCGCAUUUAAGUCUGAGCUGCAGAUAAGGCAGUGAUCCCAUAGUGGAGAUUUACGUGGCAUAAAGGUGUGGUAGAUAAUCACUGAAUUUUUCAUUUUUUUGAGCAAAAUAUUCCUCUAAGUGCAUUUGUUCUUCUUGUCAAAGGUGUUUCUGCUCGUAAGGUAAAGUGUCUUUACUUUCUUUGUCUUUAGAGGCAUGUGAAUCGAUAUAAACUGUGUUUCGUGUCAAAAUUCUCUUUUCAUUUGGGAGUUUGGUGUUUCUCUCCCCAAAAUUGGCCACAGCAGGAGAAGAGCAUGACGGGACAAAACUGACAUCGCUGUGGAAAUGUGCAGACUCCAUAUCCAUCAGACUGUUGACCACAUGCCACCUCUGCGCCUGCGGGGAUCUGGACCUUAAUUUGAUUUCUAAUUCUAGCAGCGUUUAAUUCAUGUCUCCAGAACCACUGUGGGGAAAAUUUAAUUGCUUCUCCCAGGCUGCUAUAAUAUGCAUGUCUGUUUAAUUUCACGCCACCGGGGGAAAAGAUGAUGCUGUUCAAGUUGUGAUGAACCUUGACUUUAUGAAAUCACCUUCUCUGUUGGAGAGGCACCAUGUGAAAUCAUACUUCACUUUUAUUGAGCAUUUACAUUUUUAUUACAGUUAACUGGCUGUAAAUUCAUGAGAAGAAAGUUCUGGUAUAAAUGAUGAUCUAAACACGCCAGUUAUGACAAAUAGGCUAAUUUGCUUCCUGAAGAUUAAAAUAUCAAACUGACAUUAGUUUCAUUAAUCAGUAUUUUGGUCUUAAUGAUGACAUAAAUGACUGUGUGCUAUUAGAAAAUGUUGCUUAAAGUAGUAAAGAGUAAUUUCCAAACACAACAUGCAGCUUUUUCAUGGAAAUAUAAUAUUUGCUACUAUAAACACUAAAUUAAAGAAUAGCUCAUGUGCAUUUAACACAGCAUAGUUUCCUCAGUAGCUGGUGGAGAACAAAAAUAGAGCUAUAAAGAAAUGAUGAAUUGACUUACAUUCAUCAGUUAGAAGGAAAAACUUUAUAUUAUUGAUAUUAUUUGGGUGGACAGAAUCUUUAAAAUAGAGCCAAAAAUCCUCAUAAAUUCAAGCUGACUGUAUUCUGUAAAACAAUCCUUAAAAAAUAAGAUACAAAGGUUUUAUCCCUCAGUGGCAAAAUCUAUUCCUGCAUAUCACAAGUUGCAUACCAGAAGCCUGAACUUUUUCAGACUUUGAAUAAUGCUUAAAAAAAAUGUAAGAAUUUUUUUUUUUUAUAUAGAGAAAUUGUAAGAGGAAGUCAUGGCGCCCAAAGAAUGUUGAGCACCACGAGAGGAUUCUUUGACUGCAAAGAUGGCGAUAGAAAUGUUCAAUUGUUUUGGAGCAAAGUUGUUAAUUUUUUCUGUUUUUUUCAGAUUUUGAUAGUCUUUGUACUUACACUAUACUGCCAUCUGCCUUCACACACAUAUGGACUUGGGUGACAUCCCAUUCUUAAUCCAUAGGGUUUAAUAUGAUGUCAGCCCACCCUUUGCAGCUAUAACAGCUUCAACUCUUCUGGGAAGGCUUUCCACGAGGUUAAGGAGAGUUUACGGGAAUUUAUGACCAUUCUUCCAGAAGCACAUUUGUGAGGUCAGACACUGAUGUUGAACAAGAAGGCCUGGCUCACAGUCUCUGUCAAGUUCUUCCACACCAAACUUGCUC